AUGCCUAGGAAGGAGCGCGACGCCGAGGGCAGCCAGAGCUCGUCGCGGCGGUGGCGGCGGCGGUCGCCGUCCGACUCGGACUCCGACUCCGACUCCGGUGGCUCGCCCCGCCGGGGCCAGAGCCGCCGCAAGGCCGCCCCGUCCUCCUCCUCCUCCUCCUCCAGCGGCGCGAGCGAUUCGCAGGCGUCCGGCUCCGGCUCCGACUCCGGGGACCGCCGAAGGAGGCGGAGCGGGAGCGCCAAGCGCGGGGGCGUCACCGAGGAGCAGAUCCUAGAGUACAUGUCCAAGAAGGCGCAGAAGAAGGCCGAGAAGGUGGCCAAGAAGAUGAAGGCCAACGCGGUGUCGGGCUACUCCAACGAUUCCAACCCUUUUGGCGAUCCCAACCUCACAGAGAAUUGUCCUAAUUAUGUACAGUUUGUGGUCCACUUUUAG